AUGUCUCGGACAUCGUCGACAUCAGCUCCCGGGCUGAGUCCCCAGUUCUGUUUCAACGAAAGGGUGCUUAGAGAUUUCCUUCGGCUUUCCAGAGGCACGAUUGAUGACUCGAUCACACAAAAUCUCAAUGCCCUGGUCACUCCUGCGCAGAAGGGGUUUGAUCCCUCAUCAACUGCAGUGCGCCAAACGGAUUCUAGAGCACAACCGAUCGACCCAGAGGCGUGUCAGAGCUUCAAAGAUAAUGUCUUGUUUCCGUCGUGGCAAACUCGCUCUGACGUACUUAACUACUGCGCUGGAGUGGCGACAAGUCCAGACCCUGACGAUCCAGAUCUCAUUUUGCGGGAGACAGAAUCUGCCAGGGACCGAGAGCGAGUUGUUGAUGAGCGGUUAGAUCCGUAUUCCGCACGAUUCUUCCCCCGAGAAGCACGAACCGAGUCACUAGCCAACUUGAUUCGAAACCAGCGCACGGUCGAAGAAAUCAUACGUGCCCGAACAUGGGGUUUGGUCACUGAACGAUGCAACGACUCAGCUAUGACCUGGGAGGAAGCUCUCAACAGCUGGCGCGAAAGACGACGACAUUGA